GUCGGUUCAGUGAGCUCACGUACUUCGAACGACGAUCGUCGACAACGACGCGAUUCGGAAUCGGAAACCUGUGACGUCCAAAAAUGGCGUUUCUCGCAUAGCUCGCCGCAACACCAAAGUGCUCUGGCUUCGUAGACGAGUGAAAAUCGGGCUCUAUCGAAAGGGAAAUCGCGUCAACUCCGAGAAGUAAGAGAAGGAUUCCUUGUUCGAGAAGCUCCUCGAGAGAGAACGACCGACGUAAAUAUCAGUUCACAUGCCGAACAUUCUUACAUCGACGAUCGCGCGAGUGCACGUUACAAGAUAGUUCGCAUUCGAUGCAUUUAUACGCGACCGAGUCGUACGUCCUCGUGUCGUCCGACCAUGAAGCUGUAUCACGACUGUUGUAAUUAAAAAAAAAAAGAAGCGAAAAUGGAAUUGACCGAGCAAUUACGACCGGAGCAACUGGUGGGCCUGGUGGCCCGUUCCGCGGAGGGCACGGCUGCGAAAGGGAUGCCCAUCAAGGGCCACGAGGACCUCUGGGUGGAAAUACAGGCGAAUACGUUCAGAAACUGGGUAAAUGAGCAUUUGAAAGCUGCGGACGUCGCCGAUGGUCCCGUGAUCGAUCUAUCGGAGGACUUUAGAGAUGGCACGCGACUCUGCGCUCUCGUCGAAGUCCUCACCAAACGACGUCUGCCUCGAUGGAACCCCAGGCCGGCCAAUCAGCAUCAUCAUCUGGAGAACGUUUCCACGGCCCUGCAGGCCAUCGAGGCUGACGGCGUAAAACUCGUAAAUAUCGGUAACGUGGACAUCGUCAAUGGAAAUCUGAAACUGAUCCUUGGUCUGAUAUGGUCGCUCAUUGUAAGAUACCAAAUAGGCAAGUCCAAGUUCCCGCCAAGGAAACUCAUGCUCGCAUGGCUCAAGGCAGUCUUGCCGGAAUGCAGGGUGAACAAUUUCACGACGGACUGGAACUCCGGCGUGUACUUGAGCGCGUUGCUCGAUUAUUGCCAACCGGGUCUAUUCAGUCACUGGCGCCAACUUGAUUCCAGCGAUAGCGUGUACAAUUGCCGAAAAGCGAUGGAGAUCUCGAAGCGCGAAUUCGACAUACCCAUGGUAUUGGAACCAGAGUACCUUGCGUCACCAUAUUUGGACGAACUAUCGGGAAUGACCUACUUAUCGUACUUCAUGAAGGAGGGCUCGCCAGGUUUCCACGCAACGUUACGAUGGGUCAACUCGCAAUUACCUCAUCAUUCCGUGCAAAAUUUCACGACCGAUUGGAACGACGGGACAGUGUUGUGCGGGAUCGUGAGGAAUUUGGGCGGACCCGCUCUGCCUUACGAUAAAAUCAAUACCGAUCCAUCCGCAUGGGAGCACAAUAUUCAAAUGGGUAUCGACGGUGGCAAGAAACUAGGCGUGGAACCUAUUCUCAAGGCGAAAGACAUGGCUGACCAGAACGUGGAACAUUUGGGCGUGAUGGCGUACGCGGCGUACUUUCAGUGGGUGAAGCCUCGCCCUCAAGCGAGCAAACAAAUUGUUGUCCACAUAGACAGCACUUCCGCUAGAGUGCAACAACCGGCGCAUUUCAAGCUGGAAAUGCUUACCAAAGAAGUAAAUAUGAGGGAAGUGCGCGGCGAAGUGGUAAGUCCCAGCGGACGGACCGAGUGUAGGCUUACUUGGAACGGGGUUCAUGGAAAGGGAACGUUUGUACCCACGGAAGUCGGAAUGCAUAAGUUAAUGGUGUACAACGACGGAGAAUUGGUGGAUGGAUGCCCGUACCACUUCAGAGUAUUACCUCCUCUGACCAAAAUUAAAUCUCCCGGGAUGGAUCCGUGCGCUAUAGGAUCUAUCGUCGAGGUUCUAGUCAACAGUUACGGAACUAGUCAUGAUGGCAUUGACGUCACCGCAUGGUCCCCGACUGGGAGAUCUUUAUCGUGCCCUGUCAAAGAGAACGAUGGCGUGCAUACUGCAACCUUUCAACCUGACGAGACAGGGGAGUGGAGCAUCGCGAUAACUCAUAAAGGAAAUCAUAUACAAGGCGGACCGUUCACGUGUUUCGUAUUCGACCCUAAUGGGAUAAAGCUGCUGGACACAGAAGGCGCCAUGCCCGGACAACCGUUCUCGUUCAUCGUCGACGCAACAGGAACCGGAGGCCUCGGCGAUGUAAUAAUAGAUUUGGUACACGACAAACAGUCCGUGCCCUUCCGAAUGGAAAAUUUCGGGCACAUGCAAUAUCGAGUCUCGUUCGUUCCGUCCGAUGCCGGCAAGUACAGAGUGUACGUGUACUUUAACGGCUCGGACGUUCGAGGCUCUCCGUUUUCGAUUCGCGUUGGAACUCAGAAGGGAUCGAGAAGGUCAAAGGAUUCAACGUCCAGCCUCGAGAGGUCGAAAUUGUCCUCGCUGGAAAGACGAAUGAACGGCUUGAACGUUUCGAUCGGAGCCGAUCGAUCCAGUCCCGUUCAGAAGGUCUAUUCUUCCUCGGCGUACAAGUCGUCCUCUAGCCCUAUUCAACACGUUCGCGAUUACUCUCCCGUGGGUCAGACCACCACGGCUUACAAAACGUCGAGUAAUUAUUCGAUGGAGAACUCCAGCUCGACAUACCACGCGUCGACCUCGUUCAAUCGAACCCUGUCGCCGAAUCAGAGUCACAGUCCAGUUUCGAGAAACGUGCACAGUCCGUCCAUGAUCAAAGAAACUAAAGAAAUUUAUUCAACCAGCGCGUACAAUCAAUCGAGGUCCCCGACCGUGCAGAGUCCUAGCCUCGUAAAGGAGUCGAAGGAUAUUUACACGUCGAGCACAAUGAACAUAUCCCGUUCGCCGAAUCCGAGUCCCACAGCUCACGGGACGAGGUGUUCACCGAUUAUCAAGGAGUCUCGAGACAUCUACAAUUCCGGGUCGCUGAAGAGAUCCCGGUCGCCUAAUCGCAGCCCGAUGGCGUAUCGUAGCGCGACUCAAAGUCCUGUCAAUAGGAGUUUCAGUCCUAGAAACAACGACAGAGAUAGUAGCUUCAAUAGGAGGGGUUCCACGGAAAACGGAGCCGUGGAUACCAGCAGCAACGUCAGAGUGUCGUCGAUGGUCGGCGGUACGUCCAGACGAGACUCCUGGGACGCCAUAGAGAAAACGAAGUCUUUACUCUCUUACGGCAGCUUGGAGUCCCUCGCCAAUUUAACCAACAAUUCUCCUACCGCCGAGAAUCCGAACAACCAAAGUUACUUAAAUAACAAUUACAAAAAUACUCAAAGCUACAAUACGAGGAACGUGUCGCACACGAAAACCAGCUCCACGAACUUCACGUCCACCCAGAAAGUCUCCAGUCCCGACUACAACACGUCCCAAAAGUACAACAGCGACAAUCACAACGCUCGCGUGCAAACGCACGGAAUCCUUAAAAAUAAAAAUAACAAUUACUAUAAGAGCGCGGACACCACCGACGGCGUAAACGAUCGAUAUCUCAAUAAUGGGGUUUCCGUUUACUCGUCGACGCAAGAAAAGAAUUCUGGCCUCGCCAGCGGAAGUGCGCUUGAAAUGUUACCGAUCCACAGGCCGACCACCUUCGCUAUAGAUCCAAGCGUAGAUUCCAGUAGAGUUACCGUCAGCGUUUCUGGUCCAAAUGGGAAACCAGUUCCCCUCCAAAAGUCGACCCUUCGAGGUUUGACGUACACGAUAAUCGCUGAAGAAGUUGGCGAACACACGAUACAAAUUUUAGUAAACGGCCAGCACGUUCAAGGCUCGCCUUUCAGAUCGCAGGCGUACAAUGCACGCGCUAUCCAAGUUGGGAACAUUCCGAAUGGCGUUGUGAAUCAACCAGUAGAAUUCGAAAUCGAUGGAUCUAGAGCUGGGUCAGGGAAUCUAGAGAUCCUCGUGAACGGCGGCCACGUGACGAGUUUCGUCAGGGCGUUGGGCAGCCAACGAUUCCUGGCGUCCUUCGUGCCCCACGAAGCUGUUGUACACCUCGUAGAAAUGACGUUCAAUGGCGAAGUAGUCCCCGGAUCACCCUGGCGAGUGGGCAUCAUGCCAGCCCCAAAAAUGUCAGUAAUCGGGGACUCUAUAAGACUGGUCCCUGCCGGUAGUCCUGCACUGUUCGAGCUCUCUGCUCUUGGCUUUAACAGCAGCGAAAUUGACGUCCAAAUUAUAACACCUUCCAAAAGACACAUACCAGCACGAAUUGACGAAGAAUCAGGACGUCCAGGAGAGUUUCGAGUUGAAUUUACUCCGACAGAAGUAGGCAGUCAUCUCGUGGAAGUGAGCAUCGCGGGACAAAAGCUACCGGCAGGACCUCUCGUCGCCAAGGUGUACAACAGCAGUUUGAUUCAAGUUACUGACGUACCCAGUGCUGUUGUAGGACAUGCCUGCCAAUUUAGAGUCGAUGCUAGUGCUGCUGGCGAAGGACAGCUUGAAAUCUCGAUAAACGAAGGAGAGGUACCCAAUCAUGUUCAAGUAGUAGGAGGUGGACGUUGUCUUGUCUCUUUCACCCCUGAAAUUGCUAAACCACACUACAUAGAUAUAAAAUUCAACGGAGAAGCAGUGAAAGGAUGUCCCUUUAUUUGCAAUGUAUCCGAUACAAGCAGGGUAAUGCUAAGUUUGAACCAUCUGGAAUUAAUUCCAGUCGAUCAACCUGCCAGCUUUCAUAUGGGAGUCGAUGGUAGCGGCAGUGCGGAACUUGCGGUUUCUGUAAGAGGCCCGAACAGCGAAUUACCCGUUAAAGUAACGGGUGACAUAAAAAUUGGUUUCACCGCGGAAUUUAUUCCGCGAGAUGUUGGCGUUCAUUCGAUUAGCGUCGAGUACAACGGGCAUCCUGUAAAUGGCACGCCAUUCUUAGCUAAGGCAUUCAAUGCGGACAAAGUGUUAAUCGGUCCUGUAGCUAGGGGUAGCGUUGGUCAGCCAACACACUUCUCCGUUGAUGCGAGUCAAGCUGGCGAAGGAAAUCUAGAAAUCACGAUAUCGGCUCGUAGUCAGAAUAUACCUACUCAAGUUACGCCACAAGGAAACGCACGGUUUUCGGUCAGCUUUGUACCAUUCGAAGCGUGUGAACAUAUAAUUAAUAUAGCCUUCAACAAACGAACUGUGCCAGGCUGUCCGAUUGUAACUCGGGUAGGUGGCGAUAGUCAUGUAACAGUGAGUGGGCAGGCAUUGAGCAGUGCUGGAUUGGGAAGGCAAAGCUAUCUUACUGUCAGUAACGUUGCCGGUAGCUUGGAAGAUUUAGAAGUAAACGUUGAAGGACCCAAUGGACAGGCUGUACCAGCUCAAGUCACUGACAACAAAGACACGACCUGCAGCGUAGCGUUUACGCCACGAGUAGUCGGAGAGCACAGAAUUUCGGUAAGCCAUCGGAAUGUUCCCGUGGUCGGUAGCCCGUUUAGCUGCAAAGUCUAUGAUGUGACCGCCAUCAAAGUAAAGGAUGCUAAACACGGUGUUAUUGGAAUGCCUGUAACUUUCUUAGUUGAAACUAGUCAAGCGGGACCAGGGAACCUAGAGGUGACGGUGAACGGCGGUCGUGUACCCACGUCUGCCCAAGCUCAGGGUCCUCACACGUACGCGAUAUCUUUUACACCUAGGGAACCAAUUAUACAUACCGUGGAUUUGCGAUUUAACGGGGAGGAUGUACCUGGUAGUCCUUUCAGUUGUCAGGUGAGCGAUACAGCUAAGGUACUAGUGACCGAAGGACUCGAGAAAGUAUCCGUAAAUCGUUUGACAACGUUUACGAUAGAAGCAGAUCCUUCUUUGGGAACGCCUCUAGUGGAAGUUCUUUCACCCACUAGAGAAAGUUUACCGGUUCACGUUAAACAGAGCGGGCAUGGAAGUUACAGUGCAGGAUUUACCCCAAAGGAUGUUGGCGAUCACAGCGUCGAAGUGAAAUUGAACGGAUCACACGUAGAAGGUAGCCCAUUUUUAGUAAAAGCUUACAAUGCGGAUAAGGUGAAGGUGACGGACAUAAAUAGUGGAGUCGUUGGGAAACCAGUUUUCUUCAGCAUUAACGCUAGUCAAGCAGGUGCUGGUAAUCUUGAAAUCAUUGUCGCCGUGAACGGUAAAAACGUACCAAAUUAUGUACAAAGCGAAGGGAAUGCGAAAUUCAGAGUUAACUUCAAACCACAGGAAGCUGCUGUGCACAGUCUCAGCGUCCGUUUUAACGGAGAACCAGUUCCAGGUUCGCCGUUCAGCUGUAAAGUAGUUGGCGCUGGUCAAGCGACAAUCAUAGGUCACUAUUUAAAAAUGGGAGCCGUGAAGCAGUUGAUUUCCUUCACGGUGGACCCACAAGCUCCUUCGACGAAUUGCGACGUGAUCGUAAUGCCGCCAUCCAGUAUAUCCCUCCCUAUUACGAUAGAACCUAUAGAUGGAAAAUACAACAUCAGUUUCGUGCCUAUGGAAGUGGGUAGACAUAACAUCAGCGUCUUAGUGGACAACGAACACGUGAAAGGAUCCCCGUUUGCGUGCAAUAUUUACGAUGUUACGAAGGUUCACGUGUCGGGUCUUACGGAAGCGUUGUUGGGUCAAGCGACAACCUUUACGGUCGACGCCGCAGAAGCUGGCGAAGGGACGUUAGAAUUAGUAGUGAGCACGGAAAAUAAUACCGUGAAAGCCGAAGUAGUCGCCUGUGCUCGUGGAUUGUACGAUGUAACGUUCGUGCCGCAAACUACUAGUACCCAUUAUGUUAACAUCAGUUUCAACGACGACAAUGUACCAGGGAGUCCAUUUAAGUGCCCGGUUGUUAGUACCAUGUUAGAUGGGCCAUCGAUGAUCCGCGUUGGCAAUACAGCGUACAUGGACUUAGAAAUGCCCAGCUUAGAGGGUCCUGUAUCCGCUGAAGUUACAGGACCCGACGGUAUAAUUAUCCCAUGCACUUUGACGAAAUUAUCGUCUAAUUUAUAUCGAGUAGAAAUCCGAACGCGACAGGUUGGAACUUACAGCGUAAUUUUUAGUGACGGUCACAAGAUGAUAAGUUCUCAAACGCUUCAAGCUUUCGAUCCUGGGAAAGUUACGAUCAAAGAAGUGUCAGACGUAGUUUGCCAUCGACCUGGAAGUAUUAUAGUGGUUGCAUCCAAAGAAGCUGGGCCUGGGAAACUGGCAGUAAAUGUGCGCGCCGCUGGAGCAGACGUUGACAGUGUAGUUAGAGAAGGAGAUAAUGGCCUUUAUGAAAUAGUUUUCCACCCGACACGAGCAGCUCCCCAUAGGGUUCAUAUAAAGUACAACGAAGUUCAUAUUUCGGGCAGCCCAUUGGACGUAACUGUUCGUAGUCCCACUGGAGGGCGGGAAGUGACCGCGACGGGCUUAGGAUUGUACCAGUCGUGCGUUGGAAAAGUAACUUCGUUUACGAUCGAAACAUUAGGACGCCCUGGGAAAGAAUUCGAUGUCGUAAUCAGCGGACCGCAAGGUAACGCGGUUCCGGUUCGAUGCUAUCAACAUCGAGAUGGAAAUUUGCUCGCUGAAUUCACAACGAACACUAUCGGAACAUACAAGAUCGAUGUUCUGCAGGGCGCGAAGCCCGUGCUGGGUUCGCCUUUCUUCUGCCAAGCUUUCGACGUUUCCAAAGUGAAAUUACAAGAAUUAGGCCCAAUGACUGUGUCCGUGCACGAUCAUAUCGCAUUCAAAAUAAUGAAGACAGAUGCUGGAAUGGCGGAUUUGGACGUAACGGCAACGAGUCCACUGGGUCAAGAGCUUCCGUUGCAAGUUACUCCGCUAAACGAUGGAGCCGAGAUGGUGGAAUUUUCUCCUAGCGUACCUGGCACUUAUAUGAUAAACAUAACGUACGGAGGAUGUCCCAUUCCUGGUAGUCCAGUGGUAUGUACCGUUGACGCAGCUGGACAAGCUCGAGCAAAGGGCGAAGGUUUAUUAAGCGGUCACGCGGAUAAAGCAGCGCAUUUUAUCGUUACUGGCACGAGAAGUCCUCCAGCAGUUCAGGUCGAUGGUCCAGACAGUGUUUCGAAGGCGAUUGUCGAAGCAGGAGCGAAUCCAGGUACUUGGAACGUGUCUUACGUCCCCACCGAGGUCGGAGUAUUCGAUAUCAGAGUCGUUUCAGCUGGGCAACAGCUUCCUGGAUCUCCUUGGCAUCCGAAGAUCAUAGAUACGCGAAAUCUUCGUGUAAUCGGUGGCUGGCCAGCUGUCUGCGACGACAUUGGACGAUUGAAGCUACAUCCAUCGAAUAAGAUCAGUUUCGAUACCGCCGAUGCAGGACCUGGUGAACUCACUGGGAAAAUAGGCGACCAAAUGCUGUCUUUCGAAAUGACUUCAAACAAUAGACUGAAACUCAUUCCGCCACAAAUAAAUGGCGGGGAGCACCGUUUAGAAAUAUUGUUCAACGGAAUACCAUUCCCAGGAGCUCCGAAACUAGCGAUAGUACAAGAUUUAGAGCCACCGGUACAAGACACGAGUCGAGUGUUAUUAAGAGGAAGAGGCUUAACAUCCGCAAAAUGCGGAGAAGAAGUCAGUUUUACGAUAGACGGUUCUCAAGCUGGCAGUGGGACACCGAAAGUCCAACUUUUUUCACCAACUAACGAGCUCAACGUAAUGUUACAACAUUUAGGGGACAGUGUCUAUCGUGCAAGUUACAUACCGCUAACCCCCGACCCCCUCUUAAUGACGGUGUCGUGGAACGGUAGGCAGCUGAAAGGUUGUCCCUUGCAAAUCAACGUAACGAGUGCAGCUGAUGCUUCGCGAGUUGUCUGCUCUGGAGAUGGGCUGAAGAACGGUAUAGUCGGCCAAGAAAUACGAAGUUUCAUCGACACUAGACGCGCAGGACCUGGCGAAUUAACGGCACACUGCGUUGGCCCGCACAAAGUGGCUUACUGCGAAUUGUACGAUCACGGCGAUGCAACGUUCACGUUGAACGUAAAGCCUCAGGAAGCUGGACGUCACGCGUUAACGAUUAAGUAUGCAGGAGAACAUGUCCCGGGCUCGCCUUUUACGUUGCGAAUUUCCGGUGCACCGGAUGCUUCGAAGGUCCGAGUAUACGGUCCAGGAAUCGAGCACGGAGUAUUAGCAACGUUUCAGUCGCGUUUUAUUUGCGAUACCCGGGGCGCCGGUGCUGGUCAACUCACGGUGAGAGUUCGCGGUCCCAAAGGAGCGUUCAGAGUAGAAAUGCAAAGAGAAACGCAAAAGGAUCGGAUAAUACUUUGUCGAUACGAUCCAACGGAGCCGGGUGAUUAUAGGGUCGAAGUACGCUGGGCAGGUGUUCUGGUACCUGGUUCUCCGUUUCCCGUUAAAAUUGUCGACACGCAAGAUGAAUUAUUAAUGUUAACGCAGGGUGGUGACAAUUAUUCAACGGGGCAUCAUACUAUCGCGUCAUGGCGUGGAUCGCAAGCUAUAUUGUAAGAACAUUGCAUAUAAAGUUGUUAUUUUGUACGGACUAAUAAUAUAUUUUGAUAAUAUAUAAUUAUAUUGUAACUUAUCUAAAUGUUUGCAAUAAAACCGAUAUUUUGACAAG